CAACGCCCGGUGACAGCCGGGUGCCUCUCCAGCUAUCCAGUGACCAAAAUAGGAGCGCAUGUCUCAUCUGUCCCAGUGAGGCGCACGCGUGAGAAUCUAUGCCAAUGAAUCACAUCGUUUUACCUUUUUAACGCAAGAAAACGAAUGGUAUCGCUCCUUAUCUUCACAUCAGUUAUAUAAAAUAAAUCAUGUCAGGCAAGGAUCAAGAAUGUUACACCUAUGAAUUCUGUGAUUACUCUCAUUCAUCUGAAGUUCUGGAUGCUCUUCAAGGGUUUUACACCAGUGGCCUAUUCACAGACAUCACUCUCCGCUGUUGUACAGGACAGUUGUUCCAUUGUCACAAGGCUGUGCUGUCAGCUCGUAGCGCCUAUUUUAAGGUAAUGUUCACCUUAGACAUGAAGGAACGUUCACACGGUGUUAUCAAUCUGUUUGGAGUAGACGUUGAGAUUCUGAGCGCUUUGGUAGACUAUAUCUAUACCUCAAAGGUGAGCAUUACGCAAGGCAAUGUGCAAAGUCUCCUUGAAGCAGCUGACCUCCUCCAAUUUAACUCCUUAAAGAAGGCCUGUGAAGAGUUUUUGGUGCGUUUUUUGGACAUUGAUAACUGCCUUGGAAUGCACUCGUUUGCCGAGCUUCACGUUUGUGCGCUGCUAGAGCGUGAGGCGCGGAGGAUCAUGCUCAGCAGAUUUGAGGAGCUGGUGCAUCAAGAAGAGUUUCUGGGACUUGAUCUCAAAAGGCUUACAGCUAUGCUGUCCGUUGAGAACCUAAAUGUGUGGAAGCAGGAGACCCUGAUGGAAGCGGUGGUGAAGUGGGUUACCUCUGACAUAGAUUCUCGAAGAGGUAACGUUCAGGAACUACUGCAGUGCAUCCAACUUGAGGUGGAUAAUAUGUACCUCCAAACAGCUUUAGAAGUGCACAAAGCAUGUAAUGAACGUAAAUUGAAAUUCAUCAUUAUGCAAGCAAUGAACUCCUUUGGAAAUGACUUCACUCUAGCUUGCAAAAAGCUCACAUCAUGCAUGUACAUCAUAGGAGGAUAUUACUGGCACCCACUGUCAGAAAUUCACAUGUGGGAUCCCAUAUCCAACACAUGGCUUCAAAGGAAAGACAUGCCAAACUACACAAGAGAGAGUUACAGCAUCUCACUUCUCCAUCCUAACAUCUACGUGACAGGAGGAUACAGGACACAGACUGUGGAUGCGUUGGACACAGUGUGGAUUUACAACACCGACUCAGAUGACUGGACAGAGGGCCGUCCUAUGAUCAGUGCUAGGUACUAUCACUGCUCUGUGCCUUUACAUGGAUGUAUAUAUGCCAUAGGCGGAUACAGGAAUGGUGCCCCUGCUUCUGACACUGAGUUCUAUGAUCCUUUAAAAAAGAAAUGGUUCCCUGUGGCUGAUAUGAUACAAGGUGUUGGAAAUGCUACUGCAUGUGUGGUGCAAGACAGAAUCUAUGUGACGGGAGGCCACUAUGGUUACAGGGGAAACUGCACCUAUGACAAAAUCCAAACGUACAGAUCUGACAUCAAUGAGUGGAGCAUUACAGCAAUAAGCCCACAUCCAGAGUAUGGGCUUUGCUCAGUGUCACUGAACAACAAACUGUACUUGGUCGGUGGUCAGACCACGAUCACAGACUGCUAUGACCCAGACAAAGACGAAUGGAAGCAGGUGGCCACAAUGAAGGAGAGAAGGAUGGAAUGUGGGGCUGCAGUAAUGAAUGGGUGCAUCUACGUGACUGGCGGCUAUUCCUUCUCGAAGGGCACAUAUUUGCAGAGUAUAGAGCGAUAUGACCCGGAGACUGACUGCUGGGAGGUAGUAGGAAAUCUACCUACUCCCACUCGCUCACAUGGGUGCAUUUGUGUGUUUGCUGUCUAGCAUCAAUAUGCUUCCUAAAAGAUGCAGUGUGCUGUGAAAUACUGAACACAUUUCUGCGAGUUGUCUCGUGUAAUGAUCAGGAGGUUGAUUUAAUACUUAUGCAUUCCUAAAAUGUUUCCAAAAUGUUCUAUACACACACACUUUGUAAUUUAUCAUCUUAUUAAUCAUCUUAUUACUUACACAAGUGAAUGUUGUAACUUGGAGAUAUAUGAAAAUAUCAAGAUGAAGACUGGUGAAUUCAUAUUGUGAAAAACUUGCUAUAUGACUAAGAUUCAAGAUGAAAAGAGCGCAUGAACUAUUAAAUGAGGCUAUGUGAACUUUGUCACUUUUCUUCUAAUCUUGACUUUUGAUAGUGUUGAGAUUUCAUACGGGGGAAAAAAUAUUUAAAUAAUUAAGGCAUAUUUAUUGUUAAAUAAAAUUGUUAAUCUAUAACUCCACUGUUUCUUGUUGACUUACUAUGAACAGCUUUUGACCCUCCUC